AUGGACAUCGAUGAUCUAAUGAGCAGUUCCCCAAGGAAAUGCAGUUGGAACACUCCGAAAGGGGAGUGUCAACCGGUUCCUAACUGUUUCCCCAGGAAAUCCAGCGAUGAAGACGAGCCUAUAAAUUCAUUGGCCUUCGUCCGAUCUCUGUUUAGUCCAAGUGCAGUCCCAGCGAGAAAAUCACCAGAGAGAAUGCUCAAGAUUUUCGUGCUAUUCGCCCUUUUGAGUGUGGGUCUGGCCGCCACGGUUAUCUACCAUCAUCCAUUGGUUUACCAUCAUCCUCUGCCGGUUGCCUCCACGCCGCAGGAGUUGGCCCAACAUCCGGGUUACACCAUUGUUGCACCACUCACCAAGAUUGCCCAUGUCACCUACGACUCUGUGCCCAUCUCACACACACCCUACGAGCAUGUUCCGCUCUUCCAGAGGAUUGGUCAUGUGAAGCAUACGCGGUUCUAG